UAAGCCGUGUUGCUCAGGCAUACAUUCCGGACUCAGACAAAUAAAUCCAGGCCCAGUCAGAAUGAAGACUGUGAUCUUCCUCCUGUAUUUCACGGGGUCAGCAGUUGCCAUCCCGUCCUAUUCUUUAAUGUACAAGCUUGGAAUCCGAGGACUCAAAAAUGCAGAAAAGUCAGGUUUCAGGUUCCUACAAGACCAUUCCCAGCCGACGGCUGUUCCCCGGCUACGACAUACCGAAAAGACAUGGACAGAGAAGCAGAACAAGACUUCCAAACUGUGGGAUGGCAUACAGCUUCCAAAAAUAGCUGGCAACUUUUCAGGAGGCCAGCUGGAGCCCAACUAUAGCCAACUACAGGAACACAAUACUUCCUUGGGAGAUCUCAAGACAGAAAAUGCUGACUUUGAAGAGCACAGAGACCAUCGAGAGGAGCCGGUUAAUGCAUUGGGGGACGACGAGCUCCAAGAAGCACUUGAAGAAGCCAAUUCUGUUACCAGUUCAAAAAUAAACAGCAGGGAUCGCUCGAGAAACAGAAGUCAGGAAAGCGGUAACAUUUUGAUUCAGCCCAGUGGUUCAGCUGUGGCAUCCAGCAGCAUGGAGACAGAUGCUGGAGGGGACGCAAGCCCACACCGCUCCAAUCGUGGGCACUAUCCGGUUAAGCGAAGAGACAUCAUUGGCUAUUACCAAGACAGCCAGGAUGAUCCAGACAUGGAAUUGCAUAAGGGAUGGGAGGAAGACGGGUGGAAGUACAACAAAAAUGCCGUUGAGAUGUUUGCAAGAAGUAAAAUGAUGGAACAGAUUGUGAUGGAGGAGGAAGCAGAAGAAGAGGAGGAGGAAGAAGAAGAGAGGGAAGAGGCAGAAGUAUGGGACGGGAGUAACUACCGAGACAGAAGACAAACAGCCCAGUUUAACAUUCCAGAAGAUCUCCGCAGCAGCGACCGCAAGGAGAACAAAUAUGGGGACACCCCAAGGCACUCCAAUCAGCCCCUCCACCUAACCACAAGGCAGGAUAAGGAUGAUGAACAAAUCGAAGAGAAUGACAAAAGCGCUCCAGCAGAACUUCCAGCAGAAAGAGAGCAGUUGAAUAAUUCAAGAACAUUGAAUGGAAAUAAUCCAGAUGCUGAAUGGCUGAGAAAGGGUAGCAAAGGUAGCUUCCAAAACAGGAACCAGAAUUCUAGUGAUCACAAGGAACAGGUGAGAAGGGAAAGCCCACAAGAAGCUACUCAUUUGAUGGCCGUUGAAGGUGGUAGCCAAAUUCACACACAGGAUGAGUCAAAAAAUCGUUUUCAGAUGGGCGGCAGCGAGGAACACGAUGACUCCUACAGACGUCGGCAGGAAGCGAUCUACCAAGAGGGUGAAAGAAUACAAAGUAAUGGACAAGGAAGUAUAAACCAGGAGGAGCAACAAGGAGAAGAGAUUAAAAGAGGUGGAAAUGUUGCCCCGAGUGGGACUGUGGACCCAAAAGUCAACAUUGAAGCACUGAUCCACAUUGAGCCCAAUUCUAAUGAUGGUGAGCUGGAUGGUUCUGACUACAAAGAGCCCAACAGAUCAACAAGCCUUAAGCCCAACAUUGAGAAGAUGGCUGAACUGGAAAACAGUAUAAAAACUACAGACAAGCCCUACAGUGAUUGGAAUUCAUAUGAAGGAAGUACAAAGGACCCCGUUCCAGAUCCUUGUAGAGAUUUCUAUUGUAAGACUGGGAAGGUCUGCCAGGCAGAUGAAGAAGGAAAACUCAGCUGUGUUUGCCAAGAUCCUGAGACCUGUCCUUCCACAAAUAGUUAUGUUUGUGGUACGGAUAAUAAGACGUAUGAGGACACGUGUCAGCUGUUCGGCACAAAGUGUAAACUCGAAGGGACCAAAGUGGGACACCAGCUGCACCUGGAUUACAUGGGAGCCUGCAAAUACAUUCCUCCUUGUACUGAUUAUGAAGUGGAACAGUUUCCUGUCCGGAUGAGAGACUGGCUGAAGAAUGUCCUCAUGCAGUUCUACAAACAGGACCUGGACAAAGGUGGAUUUCUCACAGACAAGCAGAGGAAGAAAGUGAAAAAAAUUUACUUAGAUGAAAAGCGGCUGCCGGCCGGUGAUCAUCCCACUGAAAUUCUGCUACGUGACUUUGAGAAAAACUACCGCACGUACACAUAUCCCAUUCACUGGCACUUUAACCGGCUGGACCAGCAUCCCACUGACAGAAAGCUAACACACUCCGAGCUUGCUCCUUUGCGUGCCUCUCUUGUUCCCAUGGAGCACUGCGUAACUCGCUUCUUCCAAGGGUGCGACAAUGACAAAGACAAGCAUAUCUCUUUGCAGGAGUGGUGCCAUUGCUUUGGAAUUAAAGAAGAAGACACAGAUGAGAAUCUUCUGUUCUGAAUGAGCUGAAUGACAGAGCAGCACCCAGCAGCAGCAUCCGCGAAGGCA